AAAUGUCUAAAUUUAUUGAUUUCUUACAAUUAAAUAAUUUUACAAUCAUUGUUGCCAAGUGCGCAAAAAGAAACGAUAACUGCGCAUGUGUACAUAAAGAGCCGGGUUAACCUAUGUUUUUCACACCGCAAAUGUAAAUAAACUCCAAACAAAAUGAAGUUGAGUGUAGACGGCCUAAUAGUUUAUUUCCCCUACGAUUACAUAUACCCGGAGCAGUAUGCCUAUAUGUGUGAGCUUAAAAAAGCACUGGAUGCAAAGGGACAUUGUUUGCUGGAAAUGCCCUCGGGCACCGGCAAAACGACCACCCUUCUCUCCUUGGUUGUUGCCUACAUGUUGGAACAUCCCCAUGAUGUUAGAAAGUUAAUAUACUGUUCCAGAACGGUGCCAGAAAUUGAAAAGGUCAUGGAAGAAUUGAAAAAGUUGUUGCUGUAUUAUGAACAGCAGGAUGGACAGUACCCUAGUUUGAUUGGUUUGGUCUUGUCAUCCAGGAAAAACAUGUGCAUACAUCCAGAAGUGAGUACAGAGAAGGAAGGUAAAAUUGUGGAUGGGAAGUGCCAUGCAUUAACUGCUAGUUAUAUUCGAGAAAGACACAACUAUGAUGACACCACUCCAGUUUGCCAGUAUUAUGAGGGUUUUAAUAUGGAUGGAAAAGAGAGUACAAUUCCUUAUGGUGUGUACAAUUUAGAUGAUCUGAAACAGUAUGGAAAAGAUAGAAAUUGGUGUCCAUAUUUUACUGCUAGAUUUGCUAUUACAUAUGCUAAUAUUGUUGUGUACAGUUAUCAUUAUUUGUUGGAUCCAAAAAUUGCUGAUGUGGUGUCUAAGGCAUUGGCUAGAGAGUCUGUGGUGAUCUUUGAUGAAGCACACAACAUUGAUAAUGUCUGCAUUGAUUCAAUGAGUGUAAAGAUACACAGAAGAACCAUAGAAAAGGCUACAGCUAACAUACAACUUCUGGAGAAAACUGUAGCAGAGAUGAGGGAAGAUGAUCACAAAAAACUUCAGGAAGAGUACCAAAGACUAGUUGAAGGCUUAAGGGAUGCUAGUGUGGCAAGAGAAACUGACGUUAUUUUGUCAAAUCCUAUACUACCAGAUGAAAUUUUGGAAGAGGCUGUUCCGGGAAAUAUUCGUAACGCGGAGCAUUUCAUAAGUUUUCUGAAAAGAUUCGUCGAAUACAUCAAAACAAGACUGAGGGUGCAACACGUCGUGCAAGAGUCGCCUGUAGGUUUUCUUAAAGACGUACAAAACAAGGUUUGCAUAGAACGGAAGCCGUUGAGGUUUUGUGCGGAAAGGCUGGCGUCGCUUCUGAGGACGUUGGAAAUUUCAGAUCUCACCGACUUCAGUCCGAUAAUAUUGAUCACGCAUCUGGCGACGUUGGUCUCCACUUAUACCAAAGGUUUCACCAUUAUUGUGGAACCAUUUGAGGAUAAAGCACCAACUGUGUCAAAUCCCAUUUUACACUUUGUUUGUUUAGAUUCUUCCAUUGCAAUAAAACCUGUGUUUGAUAGAUUUCAGACUGUUGUGAUAACUUCUGGUACGUUGUCGCCAUUGGAUAUGUAUCCAAAAAUUUUAAACUUCCAUCCUGUAAUAAUGUCCUCUUUUACCAUGACCUUAGCCAGACCCUGUCUUUUACCUAUGAUUGUCUCUAAAGGUAAUGAUCAGGUAGCAAUUUCCUCCAAAUUUGAAACCAGAGAAGACAACGCCGUGAUAAGAAAUUAUGGCCAACUUUUAGUAGAAGUGGCCGCAAAUGUACCUGACGGAGUCGUGUGUUUUUUCACUUCCUAUCUUUACCUGGAAUCUGUGGUAGCUAGUUGGUAUGAUCAAGGAGUAAUAGACAGCAUACAACGUUAUAAAUUGCUAUUCAUUGAAACACAAGAUUCUGCCGAGACCAGUUUCGCCCUUAUGUAUUACAUAAAGGCUUGCGAAUCUGGCAGAGGUGCUGUCCUGCUCUCAGUUGCAAGAGGUAAAGUAUCUGAGGGAGUGGACUUUGAUCAUCAUUUGGGCAGAGCUGUGCUUAUGUUCGGUAUACCUUACGUGUAUACGCAGUCUAGAAUACUUAAGGCCAGAUUGGAUUACCUCAGGGAUCAGUUUCAAAUCAAAGAAAAUGAUUUUUUGACCUUCGAUGCAAUGAGGCAUGCCGCGCAGUGCGUGGGGAGGGCCAUCAGAGGAAAAACGGAUUAUGGUAUUAUGAUAUUCGCCGAUAAGCGGUUUUCUAGGUCAGAUAAGCGGUCCAAGUUACCCAAAUGGAUACAAGAACAUUUGAAGGACUCGUUAUGUAAUUUGUCGACGGAAGAAGCAGUGCAGAUGGCGAAGCGAUGGUUACGACAAAUGGCUCAACCAUUUACAAGAGAAGACCAACUGGGUGUGUCAUUGUUAACACUAGAACAAUUGGAGAAUUUGGAAUCUGAAAAGAUUCAAGCUCAAGCUCAACAAAACUAAUGUUUUUUAUGUUUUGUAUAACUUUUUCAACUGUUAAUAAAUAUAUUUUUAGAUAA